AUGUCGGACAUACAGCCAAAACCCUAUUUGUUCAAGUUUGAUCAUACAUUCCCAGCGAACAAUGGCAGCGACCUCCCAGUAGUCAUUCUUUAUGCUGAAAUCGGUACCAAUAAGUUUAACACCUUUCACAAGCUGUUGUCGGAGAGAGCUAGAGAUGGUAAAAUUAUUUAUGUCCUCCGUCACUUCGUAGUGAACACUAAGAUGGAGAAAAUGCAUUUGUCUGGAUACAGUGUUGAAUUGGCCAUAAAAAGUACAGAGUACAAAGCUGUUGAUGAUACCCAAGUGAAAGAUGCAAAUUCUACAGUGAGUGAGGCUGAAGAUGAGAGUGAUGACGUUCAAGGCUUCAUUUUUGCCACGUUAAAAAAAGCACACCCUGAGCUGAAGGAGCAGCUAAGCGAGUUCAGAAAACACCUGAUUGAGAGCAGUAAUGACAUGGCUCCUUUGAAAGUCUGGGAACUUCAAGAUCUUAGUUUUCAAGCAGCAGCUCAGAUAACUUCUGUGCCUAAGUAUGAUGCCCUGAAGAUGAUGAGAGAUAUAAGUCAAAACUUCCCCAUUAAAGCACGAUCAGUGACGAGAACAGUUGUAAACCAAGAGAUGAGAAGAGAAAUUGAGGAAAAUCAGAAGUAUCUCAGUGAAAAGCUAGGAAUUCAACCUGGUGAAGGAGGCCUGUUCAUUAAUGGACUUCAUAUUGAUUUAGAUAUGCAUACCCCUUUCAGCAUUUUAGAUAUUAUUAGAAGAGAAGGUAAAGUUAUGGAGGGUCUUCAUAAUCUAGGUAUCAAAGAUGAUGACUUAAGUAAACUUUUGAGGCUCAAUGUACAUCCUCUGGAAGACACCUUUGCCCUAGACAUUCGACAUCCUGCGAUAAUGUGGGUAAAUGAUAUUGAAAAAGACCACAUAUACCGAACCUGGCCUUCAAGCUGUCAAGAACUCCUCAGGGCAACCUUCCCAGGUGUCAUACGCCAGAUACGACGCAACUUUUUCAAUUUGGUGCUGUUUAUCGAUCCUUCACAGGAAGACACUGUUGAGCUGGUAAAACUGGCAGAACUCUUCUACCAGCACAAGAUCCCUCUCAGGAUUGGGUUCGUAUUUGUUGUCAACACGGAUGACAAAGUGGAUGGGUACCUAGAUGCAGGAGUUGCUCUCUUCAGAGUCUUGAACUACAUAGUGGAAAAGUAUGACUUUUCCCAGGCAUUCAUGUCCAUGGUUUCUAUAUACAAUAAGGUGGACAGUGGAGAAAAUCUCACUGUAGACAUUGUGGUUGAAUACCUGAAGAAGAAAUUUCCCAGUGCAGAUGUUCCCGGGAUUCUUGGAAUCGAAUCUGUGUAUGAUGACAAAAGGAAGGCAGGAGGGGUGUUCUAUAGGAAGAGUGGGCUCAGUGCCCUCCCGCAGGCCCUCUUUAAUGGGAUUCCUUUCAGAAGGGAAGAGAUGGACCCUGACGAUCUGGAGACCAAUCUUCUUCAGCGCAUUAUGGACACGACAACCUUCUUCCAAAGGGCAGUCUUUAUGGUCCAGCUGAGCGAUGAUGCCGAUGUGGUGGAGUUCCUCAUGGAUCAGUCAAAUGUGGUGCCGCGCAUCAAUCCACUCAUUCUGAGUACAGCAAGGAGUUACCUGGACCUCACCUCCAGGCCAGCUGUACAGGACUGGCAGGACACUGUGACUUUCUCAUACUUGGACUCUAGAGACAAGAGUGCUGUUAUUUCAGAGAAUAUGAAGUACAUAACUAAGAAUGAGGAAGAUGUUCAUAUUUACGGAGUGACCAUCUGGAUUGUUGCUGAUUUUGACAAGCCACCCGGGAGGAGACUGCUGUCAAAUGCCUUAAAACACAUGAAAUCCAGCCCAAACACUCGUAUCGGAGUGAUAAAUAACCCUACUGUGAAGCCAACAGAAGAGAACAGCCUGGUUGCCAGAGCAAUUUGGGCAACACUCCUCACCCAGAAACAACAGGAAACAUUUCCAUUUAUAACAAAGCUUAUCAAAGAAGAAAACAUUCAGCUACUUGCCCAAGGAACUAAACUAAAGGACCUUUUUUUGCAGGGAAUGGAUAAAGACAGUUUGGAAAAGAGACACAACACCAUAGGCGUGGAUUUCAUCAGAACCCAACAGCUUUUCUGCAAAGAUGUUCUUAAGCUGCUCCCUGGUCAGAUGGCUGUUGUAAGCAAUGGAAGGGUCCUGGGACCAUUUGAAGAGAAAGAAGAAUUGCAUCCAGAAGAUUUUCAGUUGCUAGAAAAGAUAACACUGAGCACAUCAGCAGAGAAAGUCAAAGUAAAAAUCAAGCAGAUGAAUUGGAAAGGGAAACAGGCAAGUGAUUUCGUUAUGAAAGUUGAUGCUCUUCUGACUUCAGCUCACAAGGGAGAAUCCAGGAAAGAUAUCCGGUUUAUUAAAGAUGAACUGAGUGUAGUUCAGAUACCCCCCAGAGAAGAUGAAGUGUUCUAUCAUGUUGUGGCCAUUGUCGACCCAGUGAGCAGGGAGGCGCAGAAGAUGUCAUCUCUGUUAAUUGUGCUCAGUCAAGUGAUCAAUAUGAAGCUGCAGGUAUUUAUGAACUGCAAGUCUAAGCUUUCAGAGAUGCCUCUGAAGGGCUUCUACCGUUUUGUACUGGAGCCUGACGUAUCUUUUCUAUCUAAUAACUCCCUGUCUCCUGGCCCAGUGGCCAAAUUUGUGGAGAUGCCAGAAUCUCCUCUUUUCACCCUGAACAUGAUAACACCUGAGAGCUGGCUGGUGGAGUCCGUACGAAGCUUCUAUGACCUGGAUAACAUUCACCUACAGGAGCUAAAUGGAUUUGUAACAGCAGAAUAUGAACUGGAGUACCUGCUGCUUGAAGGGCACUGCUUUGAUAUCACGACUGGACAGCCCCCACGAGGUUUGCAGUUCACUCUGGGGACGAAGACUGACCUUCUUAUGCAAGACACCAUAGUAAUGGCUAAUCUGGGAUACUUUCAGCUGAAAGCCAACCCAGGUGCCUGGACCUUGAGGUUACGUAAAAGCAGGUCAGAAGACAUCUAUCAAAUACUUGCUCAUGACGGCACAGACUCGCCAGCUGAAUCAGAUGAUGUGAUUGUGGUGCUAAACAGCUUCCACAGUAAAAUCAUCAAAGUACAGGUGCAGAAAAAAGCUGAUAAAGUGAAUGAGGAUCUCCUGAGCGAUGGUACAGAGGACAGAGGAGUCUGGGAAUCACUAACAAGUUUGUGGAAAUCUUUGGAGAAAAGUAUAACAGGAGGAUCUAAAUCGGAAGAUGCUGAGAACAAGAAAGAGGAUGUUCUAAACAUUUUCUCCCUUGCUUCAGGACAUUUAUAUGAGCGCUUUCUAAGGAUAAUGAUGCUUUCAGUUUUGCGGCACACCAAAACUCCCGUCAAGUUCUGGUUUCUAAAAAACUACCUCUCCCCUAUGUUUAAGGAAUCGAUUCCCCUCAUGGCAAAAGCAUAUGGAUUCCAGUAUGAGCUGGUACAAUACAAGUGGCCUCGCUGGCUCCACCAGCAGACUGAGAAGCAGAGAAUUAUCUGGGGAUACAAGAUCCUUUUUCUGGAUGUGCUUUUCCCUCUGGCAGUGGAUAAAAUAAUCUUUGUGGAUGCUGACCAGAUAGUGAGAACGAACUUGAAAGAGCUGAGGGACCUAGACUUGGAGGGAGCUCCCUAUGGCUACACCCCGUUCUGUGACAGCCGCAAGGAUAUGGAUGGGUACCGCUUCUGGAAGUCGGGGUACUGGGCCUCUCAUCUGGGAAACAGGAAAUACCACAUCAGUGCCCUAUAUGUUGUUGAUCUGAAGAAGUUCAGGAAGAUUGCUGCUGGCGACAGACUGCGUGGUCAGUAUCAAGCACUGAGCCAGGACCCAAACAGCUUGUCUAACCUGGAUCAGGAUCUGCCCAACAACAUGAUCCACCAGGUGGCGAUCAAGUCUCUACCUCAGGAGUGGCUGUGGUGCGAGACCUGGUGUGAUGACAACUCCAAGAGUGCAGCUAAGACGAUUGAUUUGUGCAAUAACCCCAAGACAAAGGAGCCCAAGCUAAAGGCUGCAAUGAGAAUUGUGCCCGAGUGGAUGGAGUAUGACACUGAAAUUAAGCAGCUGUUGAAGCAUGCUAAAGAUAAGAACCUCAAAGACACCAGCCAGUCUGCAAGGACAAAAAAUAAGAGAGACCCUGAACGUGAUGAACUUUAGCAUUCAUGUUUUGUGUGUGGAAGAAACGGAGACAAUGAAGCUGGAAGAUUUCCUCACUGUAAAGAUGUACAGUUUACAAGAGUUUUGCCAGGACGAAAAAUUUACUGGAGCUGAAAAAUGUUUAACAAACAACAAUAACAAAGUUUUAUAAGAAAAUGUGUACAGUUUUCUUACCAAGGUUGUUGUAGGUGGAAGAAAUACAGUAUGUAUUUUAAAAGUAGUUGUUAAUGCUAUUCCGGACACCAUCUGACCAAUUCCUCCAUGCAUAUUACCUAAACGGCUACUUUUUCUUUCACAACACUGAACGCUGUGAGAUUGUUUCUGUUUUAAAAAAAAAACACGUUUGCACUGAUAAUGCCAAAAAGAUGAUCUUUGUACUGUAGGUGAGCACCACCACAUAUACUUCCCGUUCAACACCUUCUCAUCUAUAUAAUGAACAUUUCCUAUCCAUCCAUUUUCAGUAAUAACUUAUAGAGAGUUGCAGUGAGUGGGAACUGAACCCAACAGACAGUGGAAGAGAGAAAGAUACACCCUUGAUGGGAUGCUAAUCAAUUGCAGGGCACUCCCACAUGCCUACAAGGUACAGUUCAGAGAUUAGCCUAGACACUCUUUCUCAGAACUGGGGGAGGAAACCAAAACAUCAUGCAGACUCCGUACAGAAUGUGCCCCAUGCCAGACACAAAGGUUUGAGGCAGCUGCCCUAACUGCCACACAUCUGUUGCCCCAGAACAUGUUUUAGUCCCUUUUACAUGAACAGUGGAAUUCAAAUUUUAAAUACUAUAGAAUUAUAGUGUUAUUAAUGAAUCAUCUAGAUUGUAGUGUUAGUUUAGAUAUUCAUAUAUAUAUUUUUUUUAUCUAUAUGCCUGCCAUUGUAGAGAAUGUACAGACUUCUAGAUUAUAAACUAUAGCUGCAGUUCCACAUGCUUCACCAGCAAGCCUAACCCAGUCACUAGCUUUUUUGUUUCCAUAGCUCUUCAGUGAAUCAGUUAUCUGCAGUAACCUGUGCCAUGGGUUUGCAUAAAGAAAUGAGUGACAAAGCAGCUAUUUUUGUUGAAGUAUGAAAAAACAGCACAUCCUAUGACUCUUGUCAUUUUAGAGUAAUCUGAUUACUUUAGGAUUUUAGUCCAAGUAUUCUCUGCACCUUCAACUGUAUUUGCAUGGCAAUCAAGUAAAAUGUGUUUUGUCCUUC